AGGAUGAAGAUGGUGCCAGAAACAAAGUGCACUCAAGAAACAGGAAGUCGUGAAUCCUUCUCUUUUCUUACUGACAACAUGGAUACUCUUACUCUCCGCGGAACACUCGAAGGUGUGUAAUAGAUAAACAGUUGUAUGCGUGUCUAUUGAGAUUUGAAUGCAUGGAUGGAUGGAUGGAUGGAUGGAUAGAUCAAUAGAAUUUUAUCAGCUUGGAUAUAAAUGACAAUUCAGAUUCUCAAUCGACGGGCAUACAACUUUUUGGGUUGUCGAGUAAUAGUAACUUACACUUCUUUUUUUUUCUGUGCGCCCAUAGGUCACGGUAACUGGGUCACUGCCAUUGCCACUACCUCUGAAGCCCCCGAUAUGGUCUUGUCUGCCUCUCGUGACAGAAGCAUCAUUGUCUGGAACCUUACCAGAGAUGAAUUGAACUACGGUGUCCCCCGUAAGUCUCUUGUUGGUCACUCUCACUUCAUCGAAGAUCUUGCUAUCUCUUCUGACGGUCAAUUUGCCUUGUCCGCCUCUUGGGAUCAAACUCUUCGUCUCUGGGACUUAAACAGCGGUACCACCACCCGUCGUUUCGUUGGCCACACCAACGAUGUCUUGUCUGUCUCUUUCUCUGCUGACAACCGUCAAAUCGUCUCUGGUUCUCGUGACAAGUCCAUCAAGUUGUGGAACACUCUCGGUGAAUGCAAGUACAACAUCACCGAAGAUGGUCACUCUGAAUGGGUCUCUUGUGUCCGUUUCUCUCCUAACCCUGCUAACCCUGUCAUCGUUUCUGGUGGUUGGGACAAGCUCGUCAAGGUCUGGGAUUUGGCCAAGCUCAAGCUCCGUACCAACUUCAUUGGUCACAACGGUUAUGUCAACACUGUCACCAUCUCUCCCGAUGGUUCUCUCUGUGCCUCUGCUGGUAAGGAUGGUGUUGUCAUGCUCUGGGAUUUGAACGAUGCCAAGCACUUGUACUCUCUUGAAGCUGGCUCCAACGUUCACGCCUUGACCUUCUCUCCUAACCGUUACUGGCUCUGUGCUGCCACUGCCAACGGUAUCAAGAUCUGGGACCUCGAAUCCAAGUCCAUUGUUGAUGAACUCCGUCCUGAAUUCCCUCAAUUGGGUAAGAGAAAGAACCCUGAUCCCGAAUGUUUGUCUGUCUGCUGGUCUGCCGAUGGUGCCACUCUCUUCUCUGGUUACACUGAUAACAUCAUUCGUGUCUGGCAAGUCACCCGUACUCUUUAAAUAUAUAAAAAAGAAGAGUGUUUUUAAAUAAAGGAAUUUUUUUUUUAUUAUUAUGAUGAUCAUUAUUAUACACGGCAACUGGUAAAAGCAGUAACCAUAAUAUCAGUAGCACCACAUUCAGUUAAUUUGUCUAAAAUUUCUCCUUUUUCCUUCUUGUUGACCAUAGCAGAAACAGCAACCCAACCUUCUCGAGAGACUAAGGAAGAGACAGUAGGACCCAAUCGACCAGGAGUGACCUUGGUGGUCAAAG